GACGGCAGUCACCUUAAGUGGUCCGACUUUCGAACGAUUGUCCUCAGUGCAUUUCGUAUCGUCCUUACCGAGGGUAUCCAGCUUUCAGAUCUGUCUCGCCCUUUUUCCGACAGACUCAAGCCGUGUCUCCAGAGAGUAGACCGAUUCGAUCGUCAAGAAAGACAAUGGCGAAGGAACCUGGCAGAUGGCAGAGGGUUCGGCUCGACGAUGGUCUUUCCUCCUGAGGUCCUCCCGCCGAUCGGAGACAAUCGCGGCCUUCACCGAUGCCAAGCUCCGAAGCUGACUCGAGAGGCCCUCCCACCACGAGCGGUCAGAGCGCAAGAAAGUCUGUUCGAGUUGCCUUCUCCUCGACCUAAUCUCUUGACUGGUUUCACUACGAGUGCAUUCAACGAAAGAGAAUUAUCUGUUCUGCCGCACUGCACAGCCGCCUCUGGAACCAUUGUCGACUUUGAAUCGGGGUCCGUUUCUCCUGGAACAACUACUUAUUGUCCCUUCUUGAUAUUUGAGCGAAUGAUUACCUCGUCCGAAGAUGCAGUGCAGACAACGAAGAACCAAUGCGCAAUCGCCGGCGCUCACUGCGUUCGAGCACAGCAACUUCUGUUUAGAAGAUGCGGUGGCUCUCGCGCGGUGUUUGAAAAACCAAUCUCAUUCUCUUGCGCUAUCGACAAUUCAGCUGCUCUCAUCAACUACCACAGCACUGAUGCAGACGGGCGUUAUUGUAUGUCCGAGCUCUCGCGAUUUAAUCUCGAUGAGGCCGAUGGGUUCAGAGAAUUUCAAGGCUGGAUCGAAGCAAUCGAGGAUUGGGGCUCAACAUACCUACUACCAGUUAUCAAGGUUGCUUUGAGGCAGCUGUUGAAGAAUAACACAACACCACCGAUAUCCCCAAUGCCUUCGUUGACGCUGUCGAUCGACACCGCUGCCGGGACUGAGGAAGUCCUCAUGAAAGUCCUCCGUGCAACAUUUGGGUCGAUCAAAUGGAAAUGUGAAGGGGAGUGCGAAACUCCACUGAACAGCAGCGUCGCUCAUUGUGGAACACCACUA